AGCAAAUAACAUACUAAUGGGCGACUGCAAUGCCUCUUCAAGGGAUUUUUCGUGUGUCGCGGGCACAAGAGUUGUUAGUCAAGUGCGCGGCGACGAGGACUGGAUCCGGUCGCCAUGCAUCCUAGGUGUAGAUGAAGCCGGCCGUGGCCCCGUACUGGGCCCAAUGGUUUACGCAAGUGCGUUUUGCCCUUUGAGUUCUGAUAUCUCCGGCAGGGGAUAUGCGGACUCAAAGACGCUUACGCAUGAAGCUCGCGAAAAGCUCUUCCGAGCCAUCGAUGCCAACACAAGUGUUGGGUGGGUGGCCCACAUCAUGUCAGCACAGCACAUCAGCCACAAUAUGCUUGGCAGGGAUAAGGUCAGCCUCAACUCCCUGGCGUUCGAUGCAACCUGCCAUGUGAUCCGCACGGCCCUCGAAAGCGGCGCGAGCGUGAAGCAGGUCUACGUGGACACAGUUGGAGAUGCGGACCGCCACAGCGAGCGACUGAGCCGCGCCUUUCCGGGCAUAAGCUUCACCGUCUGCCCCAAGGCAGACUCGCUCUAUCCAAUUGUUAGCGCUGCGAGUAUUAUUGCGAAAGUAAUCCGGGACAAGUCCUUAAUUGACUGUCGACAGGCCUUGGGUUUGCAAGGCGAGGUUGGCACGGGGUAUCCAGGCGACGCAACGACGGUGGCGUGGCUCAAGGAGCACAUUCACCCAGUGCUUGGCUUCCCGCCGCUGGUGCGACACAGCUGGGAAACAUGUGCAAGGAUGCUAGAGCCUCCUGAGGCCAUUUCCGUAAACUUUGAGGCAGACGAUGCGGCGGAUGGGCUUGGAACGUCUGGUUCCUCCCAGCAGCGCCUCAACUUUGUGCGGCCUGGCGGCGCUGGCGUGGUGGAGACCAGCGGGUUGGGCCGCCACACUUUCUUCAGGUCUAGAAAACUGCAACGCGUAGCCGAGGCUUUUUAG